AUGUCCAAAGAUGAUCUGGCGGCCGGGUUAUUUGACACAAGCGCCUUGGGGGAUAUUGUAAGUUUGUUUACAUUGUAAAUAAUAUUACAUUUUGUUGCCCAAACAUACGAUGGCAUUUAACACAUGUUAUCGUAGGGACAGUUAUUCGGUCAAGACUUUAAUCAGACAGCACUGACGAUACUAUACGAGAAGCUACAUCAACAAAGAGAAUGUAUGGAACGGGAGAGCAGGACGGUAAGUUACAUCUUGUAUGAUAUCAUUGUAUGUACCAUGUUUUGUGUCGACAUAUAUAUUGUUAAUGUUUACAUGUUCUACGUACUCUGAUAUGAGAAAAAACCUAUAUUAAUGUAUAUUUUUUUAGCCAAGAUGCGAGGAAACCCCGUUGUACCGUGUUUUGAUGGGCUACGGGUUCCUGAUUCUGUGUGUAGUAGCCAUCGUAGGCAACUGUCUCAACAUAUUAGUGUACACAUCAGACCAGAUACGAUUCUUCAUCGCUAUCAAGAUGUUGUGUACCAAACUCCUCACCAACACUCUUACCAUGCUGGUGCUAUUACCUCAAGCUUGUAGAUCAGUAGGCUUAUGGAAGGCGGGAUCAGUAAACGAUCGUAUGUACUGGCGCUACUGGCCGUACCAAGCCUUCUUCGGUAACUUUUUUGGAUUUACUGGGAUGUGGCUGACAGUACUGAUGACAGCCGAGUGCUACGUUCAUGUGUUCAUGCCAUUACGGUCCAAAAGUAUAUGCACGAUGAAGAAUGUGUGGAGAAGUUACGUGGUAAUAGGAGCUAUGGCUACACUGUUGGGCAUCAUAUAUCCCUUGAAUAGAAGUGUGGUACUGAGUACGGACUGUGAGACAAUAGAUGUCGCUAUUGUCAUGACGGAUUGUAAGUACAACAUACCAUUGAAAGAUACGAUUCUAGAUAUAUAUGAUUACAAAGGACUUACUGUAGCUUCUUAAAAUUGAGAUCUUAACUAUUAUAGUAAAAUACCAUAGUAAACACAAGUUAAAACAAUAUACUUUCAGCCGACUUCCUUGGUAUGUACGAGCGCUUCCACAUGUUGGCCAACAUGUUAUUCGCAAUCGUGAUACCGUUGGGUCUUCUGGUGUUCAUGACAUCGUGCAUCGUGUGGCGUCUGAUGGGGAAGGCUACACUCCUGAAGGACCCGAUCAAGAAAAAGGUGGGAGGUCGCUUCAGUUCGGAGAAGCGAUCAGUCACCCAGAUCACCAUCAUCACCACCAUCUUCCAGCUGAUGGGCGAGCUGCCUUCUGUACCUAUCUUCUUGUUCGCUUCCCUCUCGGCUCCUGGCUCCAUGGAUCAGAUCCCGUUGUUGUGCUUCUGGCAGACGUUGUCGCAGUUUCUGGGACUGUGUAACGUAUCUCUUUCCUUCUUUGUCUACAUUGCCUUCUCACCGCGGUUCAGGAAAGCUCUUAUACAGUAAGUUAUUCGUAUUUUACAUUGGCUACAUAGGAUAUUCUACAGAAUUUACACUAUAUAUAUAGGUAUGAAAUGACUAAAUUCUUAUUUUCAGACGAUUUGCAUGUGGCAACAAAUACUUACGAGCUGUAGCACACUCUCUAACGCCUUCGAAACGUCACUCCAACGAUCCCAGCAUGACAUCGUUGAGGUAUCCUUCUAGUAAUGGUAUGUUUUACUUAAUAUUGCUAUAUCACCAUAUUACAAGCAAUUUCGUUAUACUAUGUAGUAAAAUUCUAAUGAUUUAUCGUUAUUGAAAUACCAUAACUUACCAUGGUACACGCUGACUUGUGUAUUUUCAGAUGUGCGAGCUUCGAUUCGGCUGAUCGCUGUAGCCAACCAAAAGGACGGUCGUUUGAACGUGGACUGUAUAUCACCUCCUAUACCUGAAGAUACGAUGUCUAGUGCGUAUGACAACUUUUUGUAA